AUGGGUUUCGUCGAUAGAGGGUUGGGUGCACUUACCUUUCCAUAUUAUCACACAUUACCUACACCCAUUUUUUUGUCCCAUAUAGUCCUCUUCCACACGGAACCUGACACAUACGACCAUAGGGUGUGGAAAACAGGGCUUCCCGUCCGCUCAGCCGUACUUAAGCCACAUAUUCUGCACAGUCAAUAG